AUGGCGGCAGCGUCGUCAGGCGCUAGCCGAAAGAGAGGUAUGAAUUUGGCAACGGACACUGAUUUUCCCCCACUGGACUCUGGACAAAAGAAGAGAAACCGGAAUAUUUUUAUUUUUGGAAGAGGUGAUGAAUUGAGCAGCCCGCGUUAUCUGGUUGUGGAGAGAACUGGAGAAGGGGAGAGUAUGAAAUCUCUCUCUGUAUUCAAAGUGAAGAGAGAAAUUACCAAACUAGUUGGCAAGGUCAAACGCCUGCAACCGCUGCUGAUGCAAGGAAAGACACUACUGAUUGAGAUUUCCUCUGAUGAUCAGGCGAAUAAGCUCCUGGAAAUGAAAAUUCUUGCUGGAAAAUCUGUCAAGGUAUCAUGGCAUCAGACCAUGAACAAGAGCAAGGGAAUUAUAGCGUGCUUUGAUUGGACAUACAUUCCAUUGGAUGAGCUUAAAGAGGAAUUGAAAGCUUUCAACAUCUCUGACGUCACGGCGAUCAAGAGAAAGGCUGAAUCAGGACAAAUGAUUGAUACUGGGACAUUUAUCGUCACUUUUGAUUCUCCGAACUUGCCGGAUUCAAUUGAUGCAUUCUAUUAUCCUCUCAAGGUCAAGGUCUUUGUACCAAAUCCUGCGCGGUGCUUCAAAUGCCAGAAAUACGGUCACUUUGUGGAUAAGUGCCGUAUCACGAGGAAAAUUUGUGGAAAAUGCUUGCACGAUGAACACGAGGGAGAAUGUCAGCAUCCUCACAUUUGCGCAAAUUGUGGAGAAAAUCACCUCUCUUGGUCCAGGAAGUGUCCGAUUUUCAAGCAGGAAUUCGCGAUCAUGCGAAUCAAGGUCACACAGAAGAUGUCGUACUAUGCUGCUAAGCAAGAAUACAAGAGAAACAGAAAUAUGGAUCAGUCUUUUGCGGAGACGGUGGCAAAAUCCAAGGCCACGAAGAUGCUGAAGAAUAUUCAACCGGCAAAGAAAAACGUCUUUCCUGGACAUGAGCAAGAACAGUCAAGUACAGCUGGAGUCAAUGGAGUGGGGCUUCCCUCGACGGAAUUUGUGAAUUCACUUAGAAACGAUAGGAUCAAUGUUGACGAUCCACAACCUGGCACAUCGACGGAUGGACAUCAGCUCGCAGGUGUCUCCCCAGGAGACACCUCUUUGGGUGCUAUUCCUAGCACCGGUAGCUUUUUAAGUCUUCCAACAACAGGAAUUUUGAUCAGAGAAGCGAUAAAUGCUUUAGCUGAAGAAUAUUAG